AUGGGCGUCGGCCGCUUCUUCUGUGUCGGCCUCCCGCUCGUCCUCACCAUCGCCUCCAUCAUUGCUCUUCUCGUCGCAACCCUCUCGGGUGUCACCCACAACAGCUUAUACAUCUUCCGCGUCAACAUCUCCGAUCUGUCCGUCAACCCGAGUACCCUAGGCAACCUCGACGGCCUGAUAAGCAAUCUCAAACUCAACGGCCGCGCCGACCUGCCAACCGGCAACAUCACAGCCGGAAACCUCGGACUCAACGAGGCCUUCGACGUGACCCUCUGGGGCUUCUGCACCACCUCUCAGGAUGGCAAGCGGGAGUGCACCAAGGCUCAGUUUGACUGGGCCUCCCAGGAGCUGAACACGACUUGGAUCGAAAAUCUCGGUACCGUGGCUGGGGUCAAGGUCAAACUGCCCACCGAGGUUCAGGAUGGUCUCAACGCCUUCCGCACCCUCGUCAAGUGGACCGAAGUCGCCUUUAUCGUUGCCCUCAUCGCCCUCGGCGUUGAGCUCGUUGUCGGCGUCUUCUCCAACUUCUCGCGUGUCGUGUCGUGCCUGACCUGGCUCACGGCCGGCAUCGCCGCCCUUCUCGUCGGUAUCGCCGCUGGACUUGCCACUGCCAUGGGCACCAUCGUCAUCGGCACCUUCGAAGCCGCCGCCCGGUCCUACGGCGUCAGGGGAGACGUCGGCGGCAGGUUUCUUGCCGCCGCCUGGAUCGCCUUUGCCUUUGCCCUCGGCGCCGCCUUCUUCUGGCUCUUUACCAUCUGCUGCUGCAAGCCCGAGCACCGCAGCCGCAGUGGCUUCCGCGGCACCAACAACAACCGUCACAGCAACGACGGCGAGAAGCUGAUACCGGCGAGGGGCUACGCGCCACUGGGCAACGAGAGCCACAUGAGCGGCGCAUACGGCGACGCCAACCAGCAGAGCCAGCUCAACCAGCCCUACUCGUCGCAGCCCCCCCGCUACCCCGGCGGAACCGGGCGGACGGACCUGGCCUAUGAGCCUUAUUCACACCGGGCCUAG